UGUACAUAACAGCUGAAAGAAUUAUUUUUAUAUAAACUUUUAAUUGUUAUCUUUUUAUUUUUGGAUUUUAUGGUGUUUUAGUUUUAGUUAGGAAGAAAUCCUUUUUUAGAAAUUUUGUAAGUUCCUUCGAUCGCUCAACUGCUAUGUCUAAAAUAAACUUAGGAGUGCCUUGCUUUAUAUGAUAUUGUUGUAUUGUUUAGUUGGACUGUGAUAUAAAAGGUUUCGCGUGAAAAAAUGUGGUUUUGUAAUGAGUUUGUGUAAUGGUAAUGACGUUUUAAACCAACUCCCAAAUGCAAUAUUUAUUCCUUUUGUAUUUCAACAUUGAUUUUGCUAACAGAUCAAUACUCCUGUUCACUUGGGGUGUACUGAUGAGCCAUCUCUUAUAUUGGUUUAAUUUCACAGAAAAUACCAGUUUCUGGUCCGUAUUUUAAUAGGAAAGACCGCAGAUUUGUAAGAUAUUACCACAAGUAAACUAAUUUCAUAUUUAACAACAUAUUUCUCAUUUAAUUACUUUGUAGCAUAAUCAUGAUAAUAAGUAUUUAAUUAUAAUUAUUUUUUAGUAAAAUAUGACGUAAAUCAACAUUUAAAACAUUGUUGGAGGCUGAAGCUGUGCCAUCCUUUUGGAUAUAUUGUCCAGAGCCGAAAAAGAACCAAAAAUGUCGAGUUUAGAAACCAUGGAUUCUAAUGUAAUGUGCCCAGUGUGUACACUGUAUUUAAGGCCAGGAAUCACUUUAAAACAACACUUAACAAGUCAUCCUAAGCAAAAAGUUAUUGAUGCUCUGGUAAAAAUUUCUCUUCACGAUGAACCGUCUAAAAUACCAAGUUCCUCCAAUAGUGAUGAUGUUUCUGAAGGUGCUUCAACAAUAUCUGAAAGUCCCAGUCCACCAUCAAACAGUUCCAUGCCUCCGUACUUAAAUCAGGUACCCUUAGGUCCUCCCUCUUCCCACAUGGCACCCCAAAUGCCAGGAAACCAUUUCUUUAUGUACCAACAAAGUAUGAGUACCUCUGCCCCUCAUCAACCUAACCUUCCCCCACUCACUCUCAAUCCUUUUGCUCAACAGUAUCUAGUUCCUGCCGUCUACAAUCCUCAAAUGAUGCCAUAUUUCUACCAGCAGCAGCAACUGAUUAUGUCCAGCAAUGGCAUACCCCCUCACAUCAAAGCCUUGCCGUUUGAAGGCGAUCCUAGCUCCACCUCACAGUCAUCCAGUAAAUCAAUUGAAAUCAUCAACAAAGAUAAAUGUGAAGAGGAUUUGGUUGAAAAAGUGGUUGAAUUGGACCAGGAUGGAUUGAACAGCCAGGGAGAAAGUAUAACUAGUGAGGAGGAGGAGAAUGAAAGUGAGGUUAACAGUGAAGAAAACCAACAAGCGACAUCUGAAUACAAGGAAGAAACAGAACAAGUCGUUAUAAACCAAACAUCUGAUAGUAAUUAUGAGGAAAAUGUGUACCAGGGACCCAGUAGGGAAUACGAGAACCAUCAAAACAUUAAUGAAGAAGAGUGUGUUGAUACUUCUUUCUCACAGGUAUCAAAUUCCGAGUGGAACGUCAAUUCUGAUUUAAAUAAAGCGUGCCAAACUCAGACAAAUAAUGUUUUAUCUCCUAGACCAUCAGUUCAUUCUGAACAUCAGCAAAUCAAUGACAACACUCCGGAAUAUUACUUUAUUGACCAAAGAAGUAAUGUCUCAGUUGUUCUUAGGUCAGACAACAUUGCCUCAACUUUUGAACAAUCUCAACCCAUUUACAAUUCUCAAAACAUCCUCAACAAUAAUGAAGGAGAUUUCAUGAAUGACAUAGAAGGUAUGCAAGUGAUUUUAGGCGAUUUCCCCAAUGCCACACUCAUUCCUCAAGAUAAUUUUGAUUCAAUGAGGCAACAGAGUAGUCCUCCCAUACUGAUGACUAUAGGCGGAAUGAACAUGUCGCCAAAGAGCAAUAAUGAUGGCUUCAUUCACAUUAUGGAACCAAAAGGGCCAGAGCCUAGUGAAAAUUGUAUGGGAAAUGUUAAUAUCAGGUCGGAUGAAAAGAUGCCGCCUAGAGGUGAACUCUCAGGACAAGAAAGCAUGGGAAGUGAUUUAACAUGGAACCAAAUACAACAUUAUCAAGAUCAGGAUGAUCCAAUGUGUUAUGAACCAAACUCUUGGGAUACUAGGUCAGAGAUUAAUUCAUAUGAUGAAGAGACUGAUACAAAAGAUGUGUAUUCCAAUGACCCUGUUAAAGAAGAGGACGUAAAAGAAAACGUUACUAAAGUGAAGAAAGACAAGCCUGUUGCGUUAGAAAUGAUAAAAAUUAAGCCUAAGAAGUUACUAAUCAAGCAAAAACGCGCCAAGAAAGAGCCACAGACUAGUUUCAACAAUGUGUUCACCAACAAACUUAAAACUGAAAAUGCCGAGGCCGAUGGGUUCGAUAAUAUAGAAACAGGUCCAUCUGUAGAAAAUUUGAAAGAGUUCAAGACUGAAGAACCGGAUAUGUGCAAGCAAUGUGAUAAAAUGUUCAAAACCAAAAAAGAAUUGAGGGCUCAUCAUUUGGAAUUCCACAAAGUGAUGCGUCUGAAGGGAUACAAGUGUCGAAUAUGCCAUGAAGACUUUGAUAUGGAACACAAAUUCAACGAGCAUUUGAAAAUACAUCCUCUGGAGUGUCAUAUCUGUGGAAAAUUGUUUUUCAGGCGUCAAGGUCUGAAAUUGCAUAUAGCCAGACAUGAAGGUGUAAAACCGUACAAAUGCGAUUUGUGCGAUAAGGCCUUUUUGGUGAAACAGAAACUGGAGGAACACAGGAAUUGUCAUACCGGAAACGCGCCUAUCCAGUGUCCCAUGUGUCCAGAAAGGUUUAAGAGACACUCGAAUUUAGUACAGCACAGAAACAAGCACCAUUUUUUUAUCAAGAAAAAACUGAAGGACUAUGUUUGCUUUUGCGGCGAGGUGUUCCACUCGAAGAAAAAAUUCGCAUGGCACAACGAGAAACACGACCCGAAACCUAAAUCCUGUACGCAAUGCAGUGAAAAAUUCAUCCACACAGCGGGCCUCACUAGGCACAUGCGCAGGGCCCACAACGCAGAGUACCUGCCCGACGGCAGAGAUCCCAAUUCGCUGAACAGGGUGUGUCCGAUCUGCAAAGGGAUCUAUUUGAAGACUUCGAUGGAACCGCACAUGCAAACUCACCUAAACCAGAAGGCUUUCUCUUGUACGGUGUGCAACAAAAAGUUCACCACCAAAUGGAACCUAAAAUUGCACAAGUGGACGCACGCGCCCCGCACGCAAAAACCCUUUAAAUGUAAUCAGUGCAAGGGUGCGUUCAUCAGGGAGACCGAUUACAUUUCUCACAUGAACUCGCACAAGAGCGUCAGACCGUACACGUGCAACCACUGCGGCGCCCAGUUUAUCAGGAAGUACAACUGUCAAAGACACGUGAAGGAGCACGAAAACGAAAAGACCUACGUGUGCAACGUGUGCAAUAAGUCGUUUCACAGGUCGUACUACUUAAAAGAUCAUAUGAGGGUGCAUACGGGUACGAGACCCUACUCGUGUCACAUUUGCGGUAAGACGUCCACUACUAAGUCGAAUCAUAACAAACACAUUCAGAUACAUCAUGCCAGAGAACCAGUUAGUACUGAGAAUUAAAUUAUUUUUUUAAGUCGGAGUAGUUCAAAUGUUUCACAGAUGUAUAGGGUGGCACAUUUUUUUAACAGUGUAAUCCCGACAACUUUUUUAUUUUUUUCAGUUAAAGGAACGAGAUUUGGUGUGUAUAUGACAAAAAUCAGGAUUGAUUGACGUAUUCAAUUU